UGGGGAAGUCGGAGAUAUUGUGGUUGGGCGAAUUACAGAGGUUCAGCAGAAACGGUGGAAAGUGGAGACCAAUUCUAGGUUAGAAUCUGUGCUCCUUCUUUCAUCCAUGAAUCUUCCAGGAGGAGAACUGAGACGGAGAUCCGCAGAAGAUGAGCUGGCCAUGAGAGAUUUCCUCCAAGAAGGAGACCUUGUCAGUGCUGAAGUCCAGGCUGUGUUUUCUGAUGGGGUGGUAUCUCUCCACACUCGGAGCCUCAAAUAUGGAAAGCUUGGCCAGGGAGUGCUGGUCCAGGUAUCUCCAUCGCUGGUGAAGCGUCAGAAAACUCACUUCCACGACUUACCUUGUGGGGCCUCCAUCAUCCUUGGCAACAACGGGUUCAUCUGGAUUUACCCGACCCCUGAGCAGAAAGAGGACGAGGCUGGGGGGUUUGUGGCUAACCUGGAGCCAGUGCCUCUGUCCGACCGUGAGAUCAUCUCCCGCCUCCGAAACUGUAUUGUUGCUCUGGUGUCACAGAAGUUGACUUUGUAUGAUACCAGCAUCCUUUACUGCUAUGAAGCUUCCCUUCCUCACCAGAUCAAAGACCUUCUCAAGCCAGAGGUGAUGGAGGAGAUCGUGUUAGAGACACGGCAGAGGCUUCUGGAAUUGGAAGGAUGAUGGCAGAGAAUGAGUGAACAUCAUCAUCAAAGACUCUGAUGUCUCCUGCUCCAUUUUACCUUAACUUGGAAACAUUACUGGAAAAAAGAUUCUAGACUCAUUAAGGGGAGGAUGAAUAGAAAGCAAGUACUCACUGUGAUUCUCAUCCUUCACUUUCUUCCAACAGCAUCGGUGUACAUUCCUGUCUUUUAUUUCUGCCUUCUGGAGCCUUGCUGCAGCGUUUGCCCCCCCACCUGAUAGGUGUUUGAUUUUGAAAUUCAAUAUCGAUUGAAAAUCCAUUAUUGCAGAAGAAGGAGAAUUCUUAAGCGCAAAACUACUCAUUUAGCAGAAAAAGGACCUGCUGUUGAAAAAGACAUUGCCCACCCCCAGUUCCUGUGUAAUUUACGCCUCCCCUUUUUAAGCUGGGCAUCAUCUAAAUUUCCAUUUUACAUCGUUGGUUCGGGCAGCAUCCAGAUGUAGAGAUCGUCCUCUGCUUUUUGGACGGAUUGGAACUGAUGCGUUUGCAACUUUGCAUGCUGGAAAAGAAGAGUUGUGUUUAAUUCACAGUGCAACCAAGUUCUGAAUUGUCUCCUGUUUGGUUCAGUUCUUUGGAUGGGGGUAGGAAAUGUUUUCUCGUGUCAUCCUAGGAGAAGGGUGGCCUCUGAUCCAGCCUGGUCAUGGAAUUCUGUAGUAGCUGUUGAGCGUUCUCCAAGUUUGGGAGCGGCUGAGGUUUUUGUUUGCAGGGAUGUGUAAAAAAUGUGUUCAAUAAACUUUUUUGG